AUGAGAUCAAAACAGAGACAGAGACAGUUUCAUCGAUGCACUUGGAUGACUGUUUUUAAAGACACUUGGCCUCGCUUUAGUCGACCAGGUAUCUCGAUGAGUCUAGUGGAGUCUAAAGAUGGAGUUCAGCACUUCACAUUUGAACAUAAUCAUGACUAUCAGCAAGUUCAGUUCAAGUUUUUUGAGGUGGUGGAGUCAAUGGACCCUAAUAACAUUGUGGUUCUCCUGCAAAUCAACCCAUAUCAUAUCGAUUCACUUUUGCAGCUGUCGGAUGUAUGUCGAAUGCAGGAAGAUCAAGAGACUGCCAGAGAUCUCAUUGAAAGGGCUUUAUACACUUUUGAGUGUGCAUUCCACCCUGUGUUCAGCCUAACAUCAGGCACGUGUCGGCUGGACUACUGCAGACCAGAGAACAGGGGUUUUUAUUUGGCACUGUUCAAGCACAUACUAUUUCUGGAGAAGAGAGGUUGUCCCCGCACAGCCCUGGAGUACUGUAAACUGAUUCUGAGCUUGGACCCUGAAAAUGACCCCCUCUGUAUGCUGCUUUUCUUUGACUUCCUAUGCUUGCGUUGUCAUGAGUACAGCACCCUUAUCCGACUCUAUGAGGAGUGGGAGGUCCAUCGAAAUCUUUCCCAGCUGCCAAACUUUUCAUUUUCUGUGGCUCUUUCCUAUUUUCAUCUGAGCCAAGAUGAAGACAUUUCAACUGUGGAGUACCAACAGCUAAAGCAAAAGUCCAAUGUGCUUCUGCAAAAUGCUCUCAUCAUGUUUCCUGGAGCACUGAUGCCGCUUUUGGACUUAUGCACAGUUCAUCCUGAGGCCGCAGUGUCCUCUCACAUAUUCUUUGGACCUUCAAGUCAAAUUGAACAGCCACCUGCACUCUCUGAGUUGGUGUCCCUAUAUGUGGGCCGGUGUCAUAGCCUGUGGAAAGAGGCCGGAGUAAUGGACUGGUUGGAGGAGAAUGUCAGAGAAGUGCUAAAAAGAGUUGACACACAUGACCCUUUUGUAGAAGACUGCCAAAACAAGUAA